CCAAAUCGUCGUGUCUGCAGGAGUCACAUGGACUCUGAAGUCAUUGCCGCCUGGAUCUGCGACCAGCACCUUCUGCUCCACACCUGCUCUGAUCCGCAGACGUGUUCGUUGCCGCUCGAGUACGAGUACGAGUCCUCAACCUCUCCCUCCCCGCGGCGGCGUCGACACGUGCUCGGCCUCUGUCCCUCAGCGAAGCGACAACGGGUUGAUCGCGCUGGCACCGAUCCCAUCUCCGACGGAGAAGCACCGAGAGAGCGCGACAUGCGACGCAGCCCGAGAAAGAAAGAUGACAACCACCCAGAUCAGCAAGACCCGUUCACGUCCGACGACAACGACGCCGAUAUAGCCGCCCAUCAAGUUACACCGCGGCCCCGUCGGACUAUUCCUCAGCAACGGCAGCAGCUGCAUCAUGUCUUUCCACCGCCCAUGUCGUUCACUGCCAAGCUUAGCACAAGCGACCGGCAAUCCUUUGCCUCUGGCUCACGAGAACGGAGCAGUGCCACCAGCCGCACACGAUCUACGAGCCCCAUCAAGAACCCAGACGACCUUCUUAAGCUCGAGAAACCUGUCACAUGGACGAGCCCUGACCCUCGUACAUUGAGGGACACGGUGAAGAAGACAGGGAGUGCCCAGGCGCUGGGCUUGUUUGACGACGUUUGGAGAGUGAUACAAGGAGAAGGAUACUUGCCGCGGGAGCUGAAAAAGAUAUUGAAAGAUGAGCUAAUGGUUAGCGAGUCUCGCUUCGCGGCUGAGGAUAGAGUUCUGGUCGUGGAUAAGAAAGAGGUGGACGAUGCCAGCCAGCUCUUCCCAUCUUUUGACGCCGGGAUAGCCAGCCUCCUCGCCCUUUACAACGAGCUUAGCGCUAUUCGCAAUAUCGUCGCUACUACGAUACGGUUUAUAAACACGACUCGUUCUGAAGCGACGUGGAACGACCACAUCCAUGGCCCCGCCCUUCGCCUGGCUGUCUCUGGCAUACCGCACGUCGGCGCUGAGAACAUAACCCAAGCCGCCAUCGCCAAGGCUUUUAUCCCACCCUCGCGCGGGGAGCUUGAGACCUUGGGCGGGAAAAUGAUUGACUACGCUCUUCUGCUCCAGCCUGAUAGGGAUCUCGCCAUCCGCAUCGCCGACUUCGUCGACGGCUUCGAUGGCCCACGAUCCUUUAACCAAUCGACGCAUGGCCCGCUGUGCUAUGAGCCCACGGGCGUGCUUGUUGAGACCAAGGUUGAUAUCCGACGGCGUGCUGAGGGUAAGGCUCAGCUGGGAGUAUGGUUAGCCGCUUGGUACGGGCGUGUGGCCAAGUUUGCGCCGCUGCCUCCUGAGGAUCCAGGUACGUUGGCGAACCUGCCCUUCCUCCCAGUCCUCCUCGUUGUGUGUGAGAAUUGGGAGCUAUACUUUGCCUUCGACAGAGAGGGCGAGGUUGAGGUGUGCGGUCCGCUCGAGAUUGGCAGCACCGUUACCGUGGAUGGCUCAUACCGCUUGCUCGCGGUGUUGCGACUACUGGCAGGCUGGGUUAACCAAGAGUUCCGUGGGUGGGUUGAGCGGUGUGUUUCGUAG